AGCUCCUCAAGUGCACACCUGCCCCUCCCACCCCGGCCACGGCAGACCUGAAAACCAACAGUAAAUUUCACGUCAAGUCGAUUAAGGUUAUCCUUUCUGCAACUUUUGCUGCCUUUUCGUCGUCGUUUCCACCAACAUGUAACCCUGCACUGCUUAACGUGGCGUCGACUCUGUGCUGCAUGGUAAACUUCUUCGUCCCCGUGGAGUCUAAAUGCAAGACUUCUGAGAAGAUGGACGUGUGAGUAACCCAAAAGAUCGAGGAGCGCCGUCACCCACACAGCUCAGUAGCAGGAGGCGGUGAGGAGGACAGUCCAGUCUGCAAAAGUGGUGCCAUGAUUGCGGAGGCAGAGGGGAAAGGAUCCCCGCCUGCAGAGGCGAACAAAACCGAGUCUCCGGCGGUGGGGGUUAUGUCUUGUAAUGCUCAGCGGGUUCAAAGUGGGACCCCGACACAGCCCCCUGCCUCCAGCACCACUGAGGAGGAAGAUGAAAGUGAAGACGAGUUUGACAUUCUGGAGGAUAGUCCCUGUGGCCGUUGGCAGAAGCGCAGAGAGGAGGUGAAUCAGCGAAACGUUCCCGGGAUCGACACGGCAUACUUGGCCAUGGAUACAGAGGAAGGGGUGGAAGUUGUGUGGAAUGAAGUCAUGUUCUCAGAGAGGAAGAACUCCAAGCUGCUGGAGGAGAAAGUCAAGACUGUUUUUGAUAACCUGAUGCAUUUGGAGCAUGCAAAUAUCGUCAAAUUCCACAAGUACUGGAUUGACUCUAAGGAGAACCGGGUGAUUUUCAUUACUGAGUACAUGUCAUCUGGAAGUUUGAAGCAGUUUCUGAAGAAGACCAAAAAGAAUCACAAGGCCAUGAAUGAAAAGGCUUGGAAGAGGUGGUGCACGCAGAUCCUGUCAGCGCUCAGUUAUCUCCACUCAUGUGACCCUCCCAUCAUCCACGGCAACCUGACCUGUGACACCAUCUUCAUCCAACAUAAUGGUCUCAUCAAGAUCGGAUCAGUUGCUCCAGACACCAUCAACACCCACGUGAAGACAUACCACGAGGAACAGAAGAACUUGCAUUUCUUUGCCCCAGAAUAUGGAGCUGUCACUGACAUGAGCACAGCUGUAGACAUCUACUCAUUCGGCAUGUGUGCCUUGGAGAUGGCUCUUUCGGAGAUCCAGGGAAAUGGGGAGUCUUCGUAUGUGUCCGAGGAUGCGGUCAAUACUGCCAUACAGUUGCUGGAAGACCCUCUACAGAGGGAGCUAAUUCAAAAGUGCCUGGAUUGUGACCCGUGUACGAGGCCCACCGCCCGAGAGCUGCUCUUUAAUCAGGCUCUGUUUGAAGUGCCACUACUGAAGCUGCUUGCUGCUCACUGUAUUGUCAGCCAUCAAUACAUAAUCCCAGAGAACGCCUUGGAGGAAAUAACCAAAAACUUGGAUCCUGAGCUCAUUAUUGCUGACAAGAAAGAUGUUCAGCUCAAACUGUCACAGUUUCCCGCCUUGGAACUCGAUAAAUUCCUGGAGGACGUUCGAAACGGGAUUUACCCCCUUACGGCGUUCGGCCUUUCUUCGCCGAACCAGCCCCCGCGGCUGAAUGUUAAAUCUCCUGUUGUCGUUCCUGUGGUCAAGUCUCCUACGCCCGAGCCUGCGGAGCUGGAGACACGGCGGGUGCGUGAGACGCAGUGCUUAUAUUUCUUUAUAGGAGGAAAUCAACUCCGAUCUCUUUCUGGGCUCCUUCAGGUCAUUCAAAUGCAGUGCAAUGUUGAACUCGUUGAAGAGGGACCCAAAUAUCAUCUGACAUUGCUGCUAAAGCUGGAGGACAGGCUGAACAGACAUCUAAGCUGUGACAUGUUACCUCAAGAAAAUGUUCACAAUUUGGCUGGAGAAUUGGUGCAACUGGGCUUCAUCUGUGAGAUGGACCAAACCAAAAUAGCCUCACUCCUUCAAGAAAGCUUGCGUCAAGCUCUUAACUAGCACUAGGUGCUCCACCACAAGUCUGUUACAUUUUCCCUUUAAAAGCACUCAAAAUGCUGGAUUCUUAAAAUUGAAUGUGACCAAAAAAACCAACAGUGUACGUUUCUGUUACAUCAGGGAUGAACCUCACGUGUGCAUUUGGAUGAUACCAAAUGAGCGAGGCUGUGCCUUUCUGCGUCGGCAAUUGACGUUAUCCAUCCCGUUGAUAGAUUCUCAUUGGUCAAUUUUGCUUUGACUGCGCAUUACCAGCUCUUUCUUCAUCCCGUCAGGUUCAAUGUUAAGUAUUAGUCUCACAACUGUAGGUGGAAAGCAACACAUGUAAAUGGCUGAAUGCUCAGUUGGUUAGCAAGCCUUUGGAACAAGAGCCCAUUCCUGUUUUUGCGCGCACACGUGUGUGUGCUGACAAUCUUGUAUCUGCAAACUGUUACUGUGAGGGGCUGUGAACUCAGUGUUAUUUUUUUUUUUUCCUCCUGUUCUUUAUUUUUAUAUGUUGUUCCACUUUAAAGACCUCUCAUCUCACUUUGCAUCUUUUUGUCUUAUUCGUUGUUUUUACCUACAGUACUUAUUGGCUGUGCCUUUUACACUGAUGCCAUAUACGGAUGUUUCAAAAGCCUUUUCCUUAACAUACAACCGUUUUCAGGAGAGGGUUUCACGCUUUUUAUUUAUGUUGCAUUGUGUGUGUGACGUGUGUUCCUCUUUUUCAUAGUAUGCUUUCACACCAUCAUGGUAGGUAUCUGAGCCACUCGGAAAACUUUUGCCUAUAUUUUCAUUUCAUGGCAGAGCCACUUGAGUUGAAUGAGAAUUUGAUCCCUUUGUUGCCCCAGAUGUUUAUUUUUUUUUGGACAAUGUGCCUUGCACUUUGUAUCUCUGCACAGUCUCAUGACAGGCAUCAAGAACACAGAAAACAGUAUUAAUGAUCUCAACACCCCCACCCCCCUCACACACACACACAAUCGGUUAUAAAUUAUGUUGCAGAAUCAAUUGCACAAUAAUGUUGAAACAAAACUGUAAUGAACUGAAUGUAGUCACCCUUCACCUUGAGACACAAAAUGUGCAUUGUUAUUUUUAUAAGACUCCUGUUCUUGUUGAAUUAGCCAUAGUGAACUGAUUAAACAAGACCGCAGACUAUACUGAAAAACCAAGCACGGGGAUAUUUUGCACAUGAGAGUCUACAUUUGAGUCAGUAGAUGUUGCUUAGAUAGUUACUUUCCAGUGUACAUUCCGAUCUACUUUUAUCAAUAGCAAUAUGGUUCUGUACGAGCAGAACACAGAUAGGCAAAGCACUUUUCAACAUCGCACAAAAGUCUUCAGUCACCAGUGGUACACUUAUGGGAUGACAUCACUCAAAAUUCAAAAUGCCCCAAAAAAGAAAUGGAAAAAUGCUUUACUCAUGGAGAUGGAUGGCCCAUAAGAUUUUACUGAGCUGAAGUCUCAUGAUAAAUCCAACUCCCAAGUUUUGCAUAUUCCUCAUAAAUUGUUGGUUGAAUUCCAAACAGUUCGGCCAUUAUAUAUUAUUGGCUUUCAGAGAUUCCAUUGUAGGUGCAAGUGCUCAAUUUGAUGAACCCGUUCAUAAACACAUAAUUGGAGAAAAAUAAGUAAUUCGUGAGUACUUGUAUUCAUGUUACUACGAGUAAUAUUUCUCAUUGUGUAUUGAUGAUGUAAUUUUUUUUUUUCUCUCCAAAGGUUAUAUUUGGGUUUUGUUUAUGACAAGAAUGUCACUGUAUUUUCUAAGUGCAUUUUGAUAGAAUGUACAAAUCACGACUGCUUUUGAAUAAAUGUGUGAAAACCUU